AAAACAAAAUGGACGAAAGAGGUCUUCAGACUUUGAAGGAAAUAGCUUCAAAAGCGAUCGACAACAUCGAAAAAGAACUGUUCGACCUCAAUCAAAAGAUUUGGAAGACACCUGAGCUGGGAUUUGAAGAGAAGUUUGCUCACAGCGCGUUGACUGACUUCCUUGAGAAGGCAGGGUUUGAAGUGAGUCGAGGGUUUGGUGGACUAGACACCGCCUUUCGUGCUGUUAGCGGCAAGUCACACAAGUUAUCUGUGGGUAUUUUGUGCGAGUACGAUGCGUUGCCCGGCAUAGGCCAUGCUUGUGGUCAUAACCUGAUCUCAGAAGCUGGGGUUGGUGCUGCUAUAGGUCUGAAGGCUGCUCUAGAGGCAGCAGGUAUAGAACUUGGUAGAGUGGUGGUCCAAGGAACACCAGCCGAAGAAGGAGGUGGAGGCAAAAUCAUCAUGAUUAACAAUGGUUGCUUUGACGACCUUGACAUUUGUAUGAUGGUCCAUCCAAAACCAUUCAACUGCAUAUACCCCACUUGUCUUGCUCGCAGAGAGGUGACAGUAACAUAUAACGGGUAUGCUGCUCAUGCAGCAGCAUUUCCCUGGGAAGGCAUUAAUGCAUUAGAUGCUGCUAUUAUGGCAUACAAUAGUGUGAGUGUCAUGAGGCAACAGAUGAAACCAACCUGGAGAGUACAUGGCAUUCUUACUAAUGGUGGAGUGAAACCCAAUAUCAUUCCAGAUAAAACUUCAUUGUUAUAUUAUAUUCGAACUCCAACCGAGAGUGAGAUGGAUAUUUUACGUGAUAAGGUUCAACUUUGUUUUGAGGCUGCAGCUAAAGCAACAGGAUGUUCAGUUAAUAUGGUAUGGAGUGAGCUGUCAUAUUCAAAUGUGACAACCAAUGAAAUCUUAGGGAAACUUUACCAAGAAAAUGCAGAACAGUUUGGGCUCACGUUUCCACCCAGAAGUGAACAGGAGAAGGCUGCUGUUGGCUCAACUGACAUGGGUAAUGUAUCCCAUGUCAAACCAUCUAUACAUCCUUACUUUGAUAUUGACACUGCCGAGCCCAAUCACACGGAAGCAUUUACAGCUGCCUCUGGAAGAAAGGAGGCACACAGAAUGACUCUGAUUCAGUGUAAGGUUUUAGCAAGCGUAGCACUAGAUGUUAUGUGUAAGAAGGGGUUAAUAAAGGAAGUACAAGAUGAUUUUGACAGAGCGCACAAGUAAGCUAAUAACAUUGGGAUUAAAAAAUAUGAAUAAUCUAAGGGGUGAGGUCAAAACAAUGGUCCAAAAUAGGGACCUGAUUUUAUGAGUUAAGGUGGCAGGUACAGUAAUACCCCCUCCCUCCUCAGAGACCUGUUCAAUUGCUCAAUACUGGGAGUCUGUAGUGGCAAUUGCUAUACACAAAUAUGUUAUUUAGCAUACAUGCAGACAGACAGUCCAUUCAUGUCUGAUUUGGCUUUUAGUUUUGGAGAUAUUUGGUGACAAAAUCUAAGACUUCACUUCCAGAGGUGGUGGGUACCGGGUAACACCACCCCUCCCCCCUAAAUCAGUUACCGUGAGAUGACAAUUGAUUUGCCCUCAUCCCUAAUGAAGGUAGAAGUGGCAGACCACUGUAAAAGGAAGAAAGCAGGGGCUUAAUAUAAUGGUUAAUCAGUCACCGGUCAUGAUCACAAGCAAAAUAAGUUUUACAUUAGUCCUACUUCAUGUCUGGCUAAAUGUUACUGGUCAAAAUGACCAGCAAGGCAAAUAUUUGACCAUACAAGUCCCACUUCGGGCCGGACAUUGGACAAUGCCCGGCCAUUGUUUUUAAGAUCUAAAGAGAGAAAGGGAGGGAGAAGGGGCCAUGGUGAGGGGAUGAAUGGAUGGAAUGAACAAAGUAAAAUUCUUCAAGGCUAUACCAAUCUCAAUUAAAUGGUACAUUUUAAUAUAGCUAAUAUUUUUUUUAGAAUAAAGUUUUGAAAACUAAUGUGCUUAUGUAUUAAUACCCUUUGGGUCAGGGAUGAGUUUUCGUUCAGUACCACUUUUCUUUAUUUUAGGCUGCCUCGCUUUGAGACUGUUGCUUAUGGAAAGCAUUACGAUUAGACACUUUAAUAAAGAUGUACGUAUGUAUGUAUGUAUAAUAAUUAUUAUAGAAGAGAGAAACAAAAAUAACUGUAGCUUGUAACUGCUGAAAAGAUUAGCCGCAAACUCAUCCCAGACCCACAAAGGAUCAAUAUGUAAAAACAAGAAAGUUUAAAUCAAGAUAUUUUUUUAUUCCAAAUGAAUAUAUAGUUCAUGUAAUAUAUACAGUAUGAGUGGCCGUGUUGUAUCAGAUAUGCAAACUGGAGGCGUAGCCGAGCAUGGCCACUCUUACUGUAGAUUGCUUAUCUAGGUUAUUUCCUUUGUGUUUCCCUAAAAUUUUUAAAAUUAAAGUGAAUCUGGCAAA